CCAACACAGUACCAGUCACGGCCACUUGAAUCUGUCCUAAUAUUCAUGUUAUUUCACUUUUAAACAUAUUUAUGUGACAGUAAUGUCUCGAAAGACAAAAAAGGAGGAAUAUUACCGCUUCUUCUCUGUAACAGAUCCACGCACACACGAGAAAGGACACACCGAAUACAAAGUAACAGCAAGGUUUGUAUCAAAGACACAGCCGGAGAAUGUUAAGGAGGUUGUGGUGUGGAAGAGGUACACAGAAUUAAAGAAAUUACAUGGAGAGCUGGCCUACACUCAUAGGAACCUGUUCAGGCGACAAGAAGAGUUUCCCCCUUUUCCACGAGCACAGGUUUUUGGGCGUUUUGAUGAAGCUGUGAUUGAGGAGAGGAGGAAUGCAGCCGAGGCCAUGCUGCUCUUCACUACAAACAUUCCUGCUCUGUAUAACAGCCCUCAGCUCAAAGAGUUCUUCAGGGACGGAGAGGUGCGGAGACCACUGGAGACAGCCGUCAUUUCCACAUCUCUUCCUCCUCCUCUGAUUCCUCUGCCUGAAAGGAGCGCUGAUCUAUUGGCUGAAGAGGAGACGGGGACAGAGGCUCCAAUUCAGGCCCAGGAGCUCGAUUCCAACCAGAGACUGACAGACCUAACCCAGCCUGAGAUAGCAGUGGAGGCCCUGAGUGACACGGGGAGCAGCCCUACACAAGAAACACAGACUGAUGCAGAAAUACAAGAGCUGACAGAAAAGGAGACCGAGGAUGACAGCACAACUCAUGAGAAUAACCACACAGGACAAUGCACUGCUGCUACUGACGACUCUACAACACAUGCUUCGCCUGAAAUGCCAGGCUCUCCAAUCGACCAGUUGGAAGAGUUUGAUGCACUGUUUGACUCAGGAUUGGAGGACUAUUCCUUCAAAGCUCCGCCUCUGCUUUCAGACACAGACCUCGCUAUUUUUGACCCUUGUGUCAAAGAAGAUCAACCGUACGGAUCACCCAGCCAUGCUGAACUCCUGUCUGCUCCUCUGUGUGGUUCAAAUGGGACGGAUUCUGCUGUAGAUGUUAGUUAUGUGUACCAGGCCAAUGAAGAGCUGAAUGCUGCCCAGGAACAAGAGAGAGAAGGCAACUAUAGCACAGCCGUACAGCGAUACAGGGCGGCUGUUGAUAUAUUUAUGAAAGGAGUGCAAGGAGAUGUAGAUUUGAAGAGGAGAGAUGCGGUGAAGAGGAAGAUUGCUGAAGUCCUAGAGCAUGCGGAGAGACUUCUGUCCAUACAGACUCCCACUCACAACCACAAUACAUAGAGAAACCGCUUGAACGCACACACACAUACUAACUGAAGCUUCAUCAAACCUGGGGUACCCAAGCACACUCCCACAUACAUACUCUCAUCAACUGAGUUUUGACUAGCACACACACAUAUUGAAACAAUUCCAUCAGUGUUUCACUUAAGUGCAACUCACCAGCCACCCACACGUCAACACACACACACACGCACACACACACUCACUCUGACUCCAAUAGUUACACCUGUAGCAUCAUGUGUCCAACAGUGCUACAAGGGUUUCAUUUAAUUCAACACUAUUAAAAGCUAAUAUUUUGACACCUUCUGAGACUAAUGAACUGGAAACAUCUUCAGAGACUUUUCUUUGAUUUAUUUUUAAUCCGACGGUUGUACUGUUCUGUGAAUGAAGCUACUGUAAGAGACUCUGAUCUUAAUGAAGAUGUUGCUCUUUCGUGUGAAUCUGCCUGUUUGUAAAUUACAGUUAAUUUAAAAGAUAAAUUGUUAUAAUCAACAUUAAA